AUUUGCAGGGAAACGUUCUCAGAAAACAAUUCUCCAGUAAUUGUAGGCUGAUUCCACAAAGGGAUUCCCUAAUUUCUGACUGUUUUGUUUUUCUUUGCAGUAGUAGUAGAAACCAGAAAAUGAAUGGUAGAAGUUAAUGAGGAAGUGCUAAAAUCUAUGGCUAGUAAAAAGUGAAGUCACAAAAUUACUUACUCCCUGAAAAUAAAUUAGGGAAGAAACUCUAAGACACUUUUUAGAAGAAGUUGGGGCUGUUGUCACAAAUAUUUACUGAUGACUUCACCUGGAGUGCUGCAUCCAGCUCUGGAACCCUCAGCACAGAAAGGACACUGGCCUGUUGGAGCAAGUCCAGAGGAGGGUCACCAGGAUGAUUAGGCCAAUGGAGCACCUCUCCUACAAAGAAAGGCUAUGAGAAUUGAGUUUGUUCAGCCUGGAAAAGAGAAGGCUUUGGGAUGUUCCAUCUGCAACCCUCCAGUACCUGAGGGGACCCUAGAAGAAAGAUGGAGAGAGACUAUUUACAAGGGCAUGUAAAUUUUACAUUUACGGGACAAGGGGGAAUAGCUUUAAGCUGAAGGAGAGUAGGUUUAGAUUAGAUAUUAAUAAGAAAUUCUUUACUGUGAAGGUGGUGAGGCACUGAAACAAGUUACCCAAAGAAGCUGUAGAUGCCCCAUCCCUGCAAGAGUUCAAGACCAGAUUGGAUGGGGCUCUGAGUAACCUGGUCUAGGGAAAGUGUCCUUGCCCAUGGCAAGGGGAUUGAAUCUAGAGGAUCUUUAAGGAUCCUUACAACACGAAACAUUCUAUGAUUCCAAACUGUCUGUAUAUGAGUUUUUACACUUUUACCCUUCUGAUUCUCUUCCAUAUUCCACUGGAAGGGAGGGUGAGUGAGCAGCUGAGUGAUGCUUGGCUGCCUACUGAGGUUUAUCAAUAGAAAAAUCAUGUAUCUAUUUUUGCAGGCACACAGAAAAAGGCUAGGGACAUCACAACCUAUCAAGGGAAGUAAUUGAAUGUGAUCUUAAUUUUGAACGUGUGAACAAUCUUUAUACAGGCAUAUUUCCAGUAAGCUCCUUACUUUUUAAAUUAAAAAAAAAAAAAAAAGAAAAAAAGAAAUAAAAAGAGAAGGUAUAGAAUGAAUCUGAGGUUAUUUUGAAGGGCCUGCUCCCAAAAUUGAUAAUGAAAGAAGGAUAAGCACAGUGCUUGUGGCUUCAAAGGUCAGUCCUGAUGAAUUUAAGUGACUGAUGGAUUCUCUGCACUGGAGGUGCAAUUUUCCCCUGAAGAAAUACUUCUUAAAGACCAGUGCUGGCUACCUGGUAUUUAUGAGAAAGUCCAAAGGGAAUUAAAAGCAUGUUGUUAGGGUUAUCAUUUACUCAGUGGUUUCUGCCAAUAUCGUAGCAGAGAGAUCCCACAGCUCUGCUUCUUAGCAUGUGAUAAAUUGUGUACCAGGUGAAGGUGAGAAAGGAGUGAGGGCAGCCCCCAUGAUGACAGACUGUUGCUUUGCUACUCCUGCUAUGAACCUGGUAUUUCUCCGCCAGCAAUCACCAACACCUUAGCUGUGCCUGGCAUUGCUUUCCCUGGCCGGUGAUAAUGUGCCUUUGCAUUUGGGUGUACUUUAAGGAUAUGCUGGGUACAUCGUUACAAACAGGACAUUUUUUUCCCUCUGCAUGCCAGCAUGGUGAAAACAGUAUAUUUUAUGGGUACAUUUGCAAGAACCUUAUUGUAUACUGUCUCCUCAUGCAGUCCAAGUGAUUUCUAGAAGCUGAUACGGCAUAAAAUAUUCACUACUGUGACAAAGAUGCACUUGAACAUGCUCCAGUGGAAAGGAGGAAGCACUUUUUACUGCGGGUCUGAGAAAGGGCAGGCUGGCAUGGAGAAAGAGAAGUUCCAGCAGAAGGCUCUGAAGCAAACUAAGCAGAAGAAAUCCAAGUCGGCUGAAUUUCUGAUGGUAAAAGAAGAGAGAGCAGCAACAGAAGGCAUUGAAAAUCCAGCUUUUAACAUCAGCAGCACAGAUCUUUCAGCAUAUCAGCCUUCAGAAGAGAAAGUUAUUAGACAUGACAAGCCAGAUAGCACCCUUGCAGCUCACCAACAAAAACUCGGGCUGCAAGCCCAUGCUGAACCAAGAGGAAAUGAAUACAGCAGAAAUUACUUUGACCCGUUGAUGGAUGAGGAAAUAAACCCAAGGCAAUGUGGGAUGGAGGUCAGUGAAGAAGACCCUGUAAAAUCUGAUGAACAGAUCCUGUACUCUAAACUGAUGAAGCUUCUAGACGAAGAAAACAAGAUGCUGGACUUCCAAGCAGCCCGUGUCGUCAGUGAAGAUUUUCCAGACUCUUUGAUGCCUGUCAGCUCCAGUAAGGCAUGUGACCUUCACAGGGAGCUUGAAGAUGUAGAGAUUCCUUCAUAUAUCGAGCAGUUUGAGAGAGAUGUUCAAGAUGACAUAAUUCUGCUUGGCAGAUUUUCACUGGAACAGCACCACAAGGAAGUUUCUCACCACAAGAAACAAAAGUGGAGAGCCAGGAUUCAUGAAUUCCUUCAAAGACUGGGAAAUCAGCCACUGAAAACAGAAGAGAACGGAGGUGAAGAAGAAAUGGUAGCCAGCUUUGGUAACCUUGCAAGUGUGAAUACUGGAUUAAAUGGAGCAGCAGCAGGACCUUGCAAGAAGGUUGACUACUCCAGGAAGCCUCAGUCAAUAGAAAUUCACUUCAAAUGCCUGAGGGGAGUCAAAGAUAAGGUCCCUAAAGGCCACUACACUCUCAAAGUUUCUGUUCUCAGCCGCUUAGGUGGUGACUUGCUGGAGAGGCCUGAACUGAAGGAGGAGCCUCAGGCCAGAACAACACAGCCUGUUACUCAUGGUGGAAACUUCUACAACACUGAAAUCUACUUUGGACAAAGUAUCCAGACAGUUCUACCACAUAGAAAAGCUAUGAAGCCAGGAAUGAUAUUCCUCUUUGAACUUUUCCUUCUUCGUGGGACCUAUGCUUGGAUUGAUCAAGAAGUAGGAUGGGGAGCUUUUCCCUUAUGUGAUAAUAAUUUUAAUGUUUUGGAGGGAAAAUUUAAAUGUCCCUUCCUGAGAGGACAUUAUGACCCUAAAGUUGACCGAUUCAAAAAGAUUGAAAACUUUAUUUCUCAAGACUUGGAUCAUUGGUUAUGCAAUCUCUACUUUCAGAUAAUUAAACUGCCACAGGAUUCAGAUAAGCAAAGCAAGUGUGAUAUGCAUCUUCAUCUCCCACCUGAACUUCACAUAUAUUCAAGUGUUGCUGAAAAGAAUGAUGUCUCAGAGAAGAUUGUACAGCCUGGAUCACAAGGGCAACCUCUGACCUCCCCAAAAGAUCCUGACACCCAUAAGGGAAGUAUUCCCACUGUUGUAAAGGAAGUGGAAAAGCAGUUUAAUGCUGCAAAAGGAGGAGAAGCGUGUGUGUCAGAAGAAGCUGGGAGGAAAAGAGAAGAGCUUAAAAUGCUUCCAGCAGAGGAUUACCAAGAUUGUCACAGCAGUGCAGAUGAGCACUGUGACUCGUUUUGGCUGAAGGAAGUCCAAGGAGGACAUCACAAGAUCAACUGGAAUAACCCGCCUGACCAAUGCCAUGAAGAAAGAUCAGGUCCUGAGAACAAUACAAGCCAAGAAGAGAGAAAACAUCUGUAGAGAGUAAUUUUUAUUUGGAAGAGUUAGAGAAAUAUACUUUUUCUGUGUGCUGCCAUUCUGCUGCUGAAGCGAAACUGUACCGGCAGGUUGUGAGGCAUUUCCAUUUUGUGGCAUACACAGUCUUUUCAGAGCUGGGAGCCUCACACUGGCGCUCCAGGGACUUCUGGCUGCUCACACUGC